AUGAAGUCAGUACUAUCGAUCCAGUCACAUGUAGUGCACGGCUACGUUGGUGGUCGUGCCGCCAUCUUUCCAUUACAAUCACAAGGCUGGGAAGUAGACAAUAUCAAUACUGUACACUUUUCCAACCACACAGGGUACGGACAUUUCACAGGCACAUCUCUUGCAUGCAAAGAACUCGACUCCAUCUUGGAUCAACUAAUCAAUAAUCUCGAUAUUGAAUACUCCGCGGUGAUUACAGGAUACAUCCCAAACGCUAAAUUGAUUGCAUGCAUCAGCCGAUAUAUUCUACAAAUCAAACAACGGAAUACACCACUGGAAAAACCUUUGUACUUGUUUGACCCUGUAAUGGGCGAUAAUGACUAUAUGUAUGUCGAUAAAUCGUGCGUCGAAGAAUAUAGAAACUUGAUCAAAUUGCGUAUAGCCGAUAUCAUUACACCAAACCAAUUUGAAUUGCAAUUACUCUCGGGGAUCAAGAUAUCUUGCAGAAACAGUCUCAAGGAGGCAUUGGACAAAAUACAUAAAGAAUAUGGUGUGCCCUAUAUAGUUGUGACAUCUGUGGAUUCUAAAAUAGUGGAUGGAAGCGAGUCUAGGAACAACAGCAACAGCAACAGCAACAGCAACAGCAACAGCAACAAGAAUAUAUACUGCAUUAUAUCAGUUAAACCUCAGGCAGAUAAACUGCAGCAAGAAGAAGAAAAAGGAAAUGAAACCAAAUUGGCCAUGUUUCAAAUUCCACAGAUUGAAUCCUACUUUACUGGCGUUGGUGACCUAUUCUCAGCAUUGUUACUUGAUAAGUUUGUUGCAAAUAACCACUUGGAAAAUAAACCUUUCCAAAGAUUAAGUCGAGCGGUUAAUCAAGUUUUGACAAUUAUGAAAUGGACUUUAAAGUUGACAUACGAGUUGGGCAUGGACCAAGCAAGAAAAGCACACUGUGGAGAAGUAAAAUGCAACAAUACAAUCAGCAAUGGCACAAGUAAUGGAAAUGGACAUAUCGAGGAUGAAGAGAUUGUAGGCAAAAUGAAUGACGCCAACACAAUGAAACACUUUGAAUUGAAAAUCAUUCAGGCACGAAAGUAUUAUGGCUAUGAUGGGGAAGGGGAAUUCAAGGAGAUGAAUGUAGAAUUUUAA